AGGUUCUGAGGUUUGUCUGAGAGGUUCUGGUCAGGACAGAACCGUUUCUGGACUGGACGGGUGGUCUGGCUGUAAUGAACAUGGAGUUUAUGGACACCAGCUGCUUCUUAUUUCUGCUGAAAAGUUCUCCAAACUAUCUGAAGAUAAAUGACCUAAAAACACUAAAACUGUUCAGACCAACCAGGCUUUACUGGAGGAGAAGCUGAAGAAGAUAAACCAGAAGGAAGUAAAUAAAAUUCCUCCAUCCAAGCUGCAGAACUUUAAUGUCAAACAGAAGAACAGCUUCCAGGACUGGAAGUUACCUCAAAGCAUCUGCACUGAUUCACUGAGAGUUUUACAGAUAAUUCUUGUUGUUUCUGAGCGUUAAAAGCAAAGUUAGUCUUCAUUAACUGCAGAGAAGUAGAAGUUAUUGAUCGCUCCGUAGAGUUAAGCUCUAAAAUACACAUAAAUAACUAUAAACACCUAAAACAGGUCUAAGUGACGAAAUGUUUCAAUAAAGUUGGUUUAAAACCCUUAAACUGACUGACGACAGUAAACUACCUGCAGCUACAGUCUGAAUGCUGGAUCUCACAUUUACUUCAGACUAAAGAUUCAUUUACAACCAAAACAAAGUUCUGCAAAAUAUUUGGCAGAAUUUUGAGGACUCAUAUUUGGAGACAACUCAGAAUAGUUUUAUCAGAUCUAAAAGAUGAAAUGGAUCCAAAAGAGGAAACAUUUUUAAUUAGUGAUGUUCAGACUAAAUGUUGACGUGGACUCAUUGGCAGGAACCAGAACCUAGAGUUAGAGAGGUUCUAGGUGUUCAUAGAGGUCUGGGUGUUCACGUAGGUCUAGGUGUUCAUGGAGGUCUAGGUGUUCAUGGAGGUCUAGGUGUUCUUAGAGGUCUAGGUGUUCAUAGAGGUCUAGGUGUUCAUAGAGGUCUAGGUGUUCACGUAGGUCUAGAUGUUCAUGGAGGUCUAGGUGUUCAUGGAGGUCUAGGUGUUCAUGGAGGUCUAGGUGUUCAUAGAGGUCUAGGUGUUCAUAGAGGUCCAGGUGUUCAUAGAGGUCCAGGUGUUCAUAGAGGUCCAGGUGUUCAUGGAGGUCCAGGUGUUCAUGGAGGUCCAGGUGUUCAUAGAGGUCUAGGUGUUCAUAGAGGUCUAGGUGUUCAUGGAGGUCUAGGUGUCCAUAGAGGUCUAGGUGUCCAUAGAGGUCUAGGUGUUCAUAGAGGUCUAGGUGUUCUUAGAGGUCUAGGUGUUCUUAGAGGUCUAGAUGUUCAUAGAGGUCUAGGUGUUCAUGGAGGUCUAGGUGUUCAUAGAGGUCUAGAUGUUCAUAGAGGUCUAGGUGUUCAUGGAGGUCUCGGUGUUCUUAGAGGUCUAGAUGUUCAUAGAGGUCUAGGUGUCCAUAGAGGUCUAGGUGUUCUUAGAGGUCUAGGUGUUCUUAGAGGUCUAGAUGUUCAUAGAGGUCUAGGUGUUCAUGGAGGUCUAGGUGUUCAUAUAGGUCUAGGUGUUCAUAGAGGUCUCGGUGUUCUUAGAGGUCUAGAUGUUCAUAGAGGUCUAGGUGUCCAUAGAGGUCUAGGUGUUCUUAGAGGUCUAGGUGUUCUUAGAGGUCUAGGUGUUCUUAGAGGUCUAGGUGUUCUUAGAGGUCUAGAUGUUCAUAGAGGUCUAGGUGUUCAUGGAGGUCUAGGUGUUCAUAGAGGUCUAGAUGUUCAUAGAGGUCUAGAUGUUCAUAGAGGUCUAGGUGUUCAUAGAGGUCUAGGUGUAAAACUGUGUCCUCUGUUGGAUCCAUUCAAUCGUUCUGAUGAUGAAACUGUUCUGUCUGUUCUCACCACAUAUAACGGCUGUUUAGUUUUUUUAUUUCUGGAGACACUGAACCAUUAAAAUGGCUUCAUGGGUUUUUUUUUUUAGGGUGAAAACGUAAAAAUGUCCAGGUCUGAAAACAACAGCACUUUAAUGAAGACCCUCAUGAAGACUGAACUAAAUGUGAGAGAUUGCAGCACCAUGUUUCUGCUGUAUUUUAACACUCUAAACGUGGACAUUAGCUGUAAAAUCUCCCAUCAGGUCUGGACUGAAGCUCUAUACGUUGA